AUGACUGAUAUAGAAGAAGUGUCUAGAAAAAAAGGGGAAUACACGACUGCAUUUUUGAAUGUAUCUCAAGAAGAAGCAGAAUUAUUACUUGGAUUUAAAAUCUAUCAAUUUUAUAAUGAUCAACUACCGAUUGAACAAUUUAUUACAAAAACAGCACCAAAAGAGUUAAAGAAAAAAAUCUUUGACCGAUUAACCGAUUGUAUGAACUCAGAAGGAUUUCCAGAAGCAACAAUUGCUCCAAUGAAUGAAUCCGUUGUGACGGAUUACGUCGGACUGAUUUUGAUGGCGAUGGUUGCUUAUAGUAAUCGUACGACACAUCGUAAUGAAUUAAUGCUAUUAAGAGAAAAACAAAUCAUCAGUAAGGACGAGCAAUAUGGUGAAAACAUAGAGUUUGUUAUAACUCAGAUGGUCCAUGUUCGAAAUACUCGAUAUAUACUUGUUGUACAAGCAAAGCGGGAUUCGCUGGGCAAAGGACUCAUACAACUCUUAUUAGCAUUGAAAUCGAUGUCGGAUAUCAAUAAUGACCAAAAAAUGGUAUAUGGUUUUGUAACAACAGCAAUAAACUGGCAAUUAAUUACUUAUGAUGGUCAACUAUGGAAACUAUCUGAACCAGCUGUUGCUUUACUUGGAAAUAUGGGAACAAAAGAAGACCGGUGGUUAAAACAGAACACGCAAAUAUUAGAUAACAAUCGUAAUCGUGGUGGUGCUGCUGCUAGACCGAUCGAUGAUAUAAUUUUAUGUUUACCAUCUACAUUUGAUUUAACUCCGCAACUAUUACUUCAACAUUUUGAUUUACUAUUAAUAAAAUUAAAUGCAUCAAAUGCUAAAUAUAUUAGUGAUGCUAUAUUAAAUGUUCGCGUAUGUCUUAUUUUGAGUUUAUUUCAUUUUAUUGGUAAAACAUGUUCGAAAGAAAAUAUAAACAUUAUUUGGAAAGUUCUUGAAAAAGCUGCAAUGGACAAUUAUCCUCCUAUAAUAAAAUCUUUAUUUGCUUCUCCUCAACGAACAUCUCGUUCUCGAUCAUCAAAACUAAAAACUUCAUUGAAAGAAAUUUUUGAAAGAUUUGUUAAAGGAACACAAUUUAAAGUAUUAGAUCAUCCAACGUCAUUAGAAGCACGCUUAUGGGCUUAG